UGUGUAACCUGCAAGUGCAAGCUUAUUAGCCUAGUGCUGAAGAGGGUUGGCCUUGAAGAGAUACCCACAGCUUUUGAAAGCUGCCGAGGAAGGACAAAAUUAUUAAGGGGAAAGGAAAGCACUUGUACCCACCUUCUGAGGCUCUGCCACACACAGCCCAUUUGUUCAGGAUCCUGACAUAAAAGCCUAGAGCAGAAACUGAGAUAUUCUGGGAAAGAAGCAACAACUGUUCUGGGUCCAGAAAAAUGGAGUAGAAGUUGCAGCUCCUUAGCUGUGCAGGUAUCUCAGACUCUUCGAGGCGCAUGGCAACACAUGAUGAUUUUAUGGCAGGAAAGUAUCAAGCUCAGGUUGCAAUAUAUUGUGGCAGCAUUCCCAAACUAAAAUCUGGAUGCAAGUCAUCUAGAGGUGGAAGCAUUGAUUCUACUUUGCAGCUCCAAGGAAAUGGAUGGAGGACCACAGACGAAGCAUCAGUUUUAAAAACACAAUCAUGUUUAUGGGGAAGCAAAGGAAAACCUCCAGAUGUUUCUUCUCUGGAGAGCUGGGACAAUAGAAACGGCCUUCAGAAGAAUACAGAUAGCACAAUCAUGAAUGGCUCUUCACAGACGCCUAAUGCCCAGCCAAAGUACAGUCUCAGUGAAUUGGAGAUAAACAGUGCAGCCAUGGAGACUGCUCAAAUCAAGGAUAAGCUCAAAAAAAGAAGAAUGUCCGAAGGUCUACUUGCAUCAAAAAAAGGCUUGCUGGACAAAGCUGUUCCCAAGGAGCCUGCCCUGAAACCAGCCAUUUCUAGAUCUGCUUCUCAAAGACUGCUGGUCACUUCCAAGCCUAUGCCUCCUAUUCAGAGCAUACCAAACACCCCAGAGACCAACAGACCUCAAGAAACAGAGCAACAAGUUAGAGAGAAUGGUUCAGGCUCUUUACAGGUUGAAGGGAUUAAUCCAGAAUUAACAUCCAUCCAGCAGAUCGUGCAUGGUCCUGAUGAGAACCCAAAAAAGUCUUUAGGUGCUGCUUUGAUCCCACCCAUCCCCAAGUUAGCAAAGGCAUGUGAAGAAAAUUCGCAGAAGGCUGCAGAACUCUUUCCAAGCUUGCCACAGGCAGACUGUGUCUCAUCUACUAUAGAUGAGUGUUCCAAAACAAGAUCAUUAUCAAAGUCUGGAAAUGGUGAAGACAACAGCCAAAAAACACUGGAAACUGGAUUGUCUGAACCUGCUUUCCAGAAUGGCUUUCCUGCACCUUGGAAGGUUGUUGGGGGAUCACUGGCAUCCUUACUGCUACCAGCCACCUCCUCCCUCUGUCUGGCCAAGGAAGACUUGCUUUCAAAUCCUCACCUGUUAAAAGAUGAUGAAUGGAAAGAGAGCAACGGAAGGAUUCAUGUCACAAUAUCCAAGUCAGCACAGGAGAAAAUGCGUCAGAAGCAGCUAAAGGAGAUAGAGUUCUUGCGCAAAGAAAAGGAAAAGGAGAAAGGGAGAGAAAAGGAAAGAUCCACAAAAAUCCAGGAACAACAGUCAAGAAAUGUUCUGGACGGAUCCAGUUGGCUUAAUCACAAUGGAGCCACCCCUGUUACCCUCAACCUGAGCAACCCUUGCAGAGCUUCUGUUGGGGUGGCCUUAAGGAAACGAGUGAACAGGCCCUCAUUGCCCAGCAUCCCUGUUAUCAGCCAAGAGAGCAAUUUCUUGAGACAUGCGUCAGCUAAUUCCCUGCCAGCAAAUCUCCAACACUCUCCAGAAUGGGAAGAAGACCUUGUAAAUAGGGAUGCUUUUGAGAUAAGACCCUUGUCUCAUCCAGAACACGAAUUAAUUGAUGCUCUCAAGUGGCUAAAUAGCAAUGAUUGGCACCUGAAGGAGAAAGGACUCUUCAACAUCAUAUGCUUGGCUACCUGCCAUUCAGAAGUUCUGCAGGGUAGACUUCAUGAUGUUUCCUUGGCAGCUACAAAGGAGGUUAGCAACUUACGAUCUAAAGUAUCUAGGUUUGCUAUUGGGACACUCGCUGAAUUGUUCAAAGCUAUGAAGAAGCACAUGGAUCAAGAGGUUGAGGAGAUUUCUCGAGUCCUGCUUCAAAAGGCAGGUGAUACUAGUGAAUUCAUCCAGAAAGCAGCUGACCAAUCCUUGGGGAUCAUGGCACAGAGUGUGACUCCUUCGCGAGCAAUGACAGCCCUCAUGGCCAAUGGAGUGACCCACCGAAACCCUCUCAUUCGAAAAUGUGCUGCUGGACACUUACUGACAGUCAUGGAACAAAUUGGGGCUGAGAAACUGCUCUCGGGCAAUCGGGAAAGUACGGAGUUGUUAGUGCAGACAUUAGUGAAGAUGGCUCAGGACUGCCAUCAAGACACAAGAUGUUAUGGCCGGAAGAUGCUGAACAUGCUUAUGUGUCAUUCAAAAUUUGAUGGGUAUUUGAAACAAAAUGUACCAUCACAUGACCUGCGGGAUGUCAUGGCUGCAAUUAAACAAAAAGGGACAGAAGAUUCAGCCUCCCAAGCUUCUUCUGCCAAAAGUUACAGAGGAUCAAAGACUGGCAGUUUGACAAUCUCACUGGACAGCCUAUCUUCAGGCGAAGGGUCUACCUCAGAUGUUCUUAAUUUUUCGCAACCUGCAGCUCGUUGCUCUUCACUUCGCAGCAUAGAAGUAAUGGAACAGCUGAAGGAGCUGAACAAACUGCUUGUGGCCAAGGAAUUUCAGAUACGAAUAGAUGGAAUAGCCUUACUAAUGGACCAUUGCAAGAAGAACCCACACUUUGUCUCUUCAAAUAUUGUGCAGAUUUUUGAUACUUUUGCCCUGAGGCUUCAGGAUUCCAACAAGAAGGUGAACCAGUAUGCAUUAGAAUCAGUUGUCUCCAUGAUUCCAGUGCUUAAAAAUGGCUUUAAUCCAGUCCUGUUCUCUGUGGUGACGAUAGUGAUGGACAACUUAAACUCAAAGAAUUCUGGGAUUUACAGUGCGGCAGUAAAGAUUCUGGACACAAUGAUUACUUACUUAGACAACCUGUUGCUGCUUCAAAUAUUUGCCAGCAGGGUGCGUUUUCUCACUGGCCGAGCUCUGCAGGACAUCACGGAUCGUCUGGCAGGUCUUGUGGCUGUUGCUUAUCCACGGAAGCCUCUAGUUGUGGAACGUUACAUCCUUCCUGUUCUCUGGUAUUUCCUGAACAACAUGAUUGGUAAUGGGGUAUUACCUGGGAAGAGUGGAAACGUGAGAACCGUGGUCUCUAAACUGGCUAAAAGCUUGCACAAACAAAUGGGGCUGAAACUUGAGGAAUAUGUUUGCAACCAACCACAACAUGUGAUCAAACUUUUUCAAGAUCUUCUAGAUAUGGAUCUUCAAUGAAAAAAAGCCUGUUACUAUUUCUGGAACAAUUAUAGUGGGACAUUUCAAAGAGAAGCAAAAAUGGAUAAUGAUACAGAACUUGCCAUUACUUAACCUUUUUAUUUUUGAAGUGUAAGAGUCUCCUGUUGAAAGCUUUUAGUAAUAACCCUAUAAUGGAAAAUGUAUAUAAUGUAUUUUGCUGUAGAAUUAAAUCAUCUAUUUUUUUAAGGUUUAAACUCUACCACUUUUGACCCAUAGAGAUUUCAUCAAUGAUAAUAAUGCAUAAAAGGCACAGCUGUAACUUUUAUAUGUAUAAAAAGAGAAAAUUAUUUAUGUAAUAUAUAUCAAUAUUGUGUGAUAAAGUGAUAGAGGUAAACUUUAAACCACAAUACUUCCUCUAUCUCUAUGGAUUGUCAGUUAGAGAAGAUGGAUUACAUGACCACAAAAAGAUGCCAGACUAAGCAAAUACCAAUUAGUGGUACAGUAGUGGCCAAAAUUGUAGAAACCUUUAGGGAAAAGUGUGUUUUUGAGGUUUGAUGGCUAAUAACACCACUUUUUUUCUUUUGAGUUUCAAGAUAAUCAUAUUCCACUGCUGGAAUGGCCUGGGAAUAGUCCAGACCUUAACCCAAUUGAAAAUCUAUGGAGCCAAUUAAAGAAACUUGUUAGUCAGAAGCGACCCAGCAAUAAAACCCAGUUAAUAGAAGCAAUCAUUCAAUCUUGGUUUCACAUUAUAACAGCUGCAGAACUAAAAGAUUUGGUUCACUCCAUGGGAAGACUUAAGACCAUAAUUCAUACUAAAGGUUACCCAGCUAAGUAAACUGACAUGAUAAUUUUUGUAUAUCUCAUUUUUUCCACGUUUCACUUUUCUUCUUUAUACUGUAACUGCUAUUCUAAUAGCAACUCAUUCAUAAAAGUUAUUGCAUUACAUUCUUGAUUAAAUUAUCUUUCCAUUGAUAUAUAAUUUUAUAAUACUACUCCCAGAAAAAGUAAUGUUAUUAGCUAGUUUUAGAAGAUACACUUUUUCUCAAAAGGUUUCCACAAUUUUGGUCACUACUGUACCUUCCAAACUGUCAUGUAAACUGCGCACUAAAGUUAUUCCUUAGGUGGUAACUGGAAAAAAUUGUGAAGGGAAGAAGAGGAAAUCUGAAAUAUAAAUACUGGGCACAAAAUGCAUAAGAAAUAUUCCAAACAAUAUUUUUCUUCCAUUCAGUUAACUUGUUAUUGAGGCGAUGAUACACAGUUUUUCUACUUAGUACUGGCAUAGUAUAUUCUCAUUUUUAAAUUUUUGUUUAAAAAGCCAUCAAGGAGGAAAAAAAUGGAAUACCAUACUUAUCAGAUUGGUUUGGUUGCUGUUUGGAAGAACCAAGAAAAUCUCAUUUAUCUCAAUUCCUUAAUGUGUUAGGAACUGGACUGGAGAUGAUAUAACUUGUCACUACUUUCCAUUCAUUGUUUUUGAAUCUGCCUCUCCUCACUUAAUUAGCAAAGUAUCUAUACAGCCCUUCCUUUAGUAAUACAAUACAGUAGAGUGGUUUGGAACAUCUGGAAUUGUCUGGUUGUACUCCAGGACUAGAAGCACUAGCCUUUGGCAAUGAUUUCCACAUUCAUUCUGAAAUACUAGAAGUCAAAAUUAAUCCCUGCAGCAUUUCUAUAUGGACAGCUGUCAUUUGCUAACAUGGCAUGAAUGUCCAUCAUCAUUAGAGCAAUAUUUUUUUAAAGUAAAAUUUUUUAAUUAUUAAAAAUACAUUUUAGACUUCCUUUAUUUGCAUUUCCACUUUGAUCCUCUGUGUUCAAAAAGCAUUGAGUGUCAGCCCCAAAGGAUAAGUCAAGAAAUCAAUGCCAUAUCGGUAAAAAAAACUAUUUUUAUCAGAACAGCUAUAAUAACAGGAUCUUGCAAGUCUGAAUGUGCUUCCCACUCUCUCAUUUUAUCUCCAUGUGAAUUAGGGAUGGGCCUAUCUGAAGCAUUUUCUCAGAUUAAUUUCUUGGAAUGGAUUUAAGCUGCACUUAUCUGAUCAUUGCCUUGGAAAUGGAUCUUUCCUUUAUCCUUCAAAGCCAUUCCCUGUUGUCUCUACAUUAACCUGAGAGUGAGGUGGGAAGGAUUAUUUGAAAGAAAAUAGCAGUCUAAGGGCAGCUAACAUGGGUAUUUUGUCUAAACUAGCAGUAAUCAGAAGUAAUUAGCACCAGAGGUUUGUAAAUGCCCUUAUACUGCUAUGGGUUGACUCUCAUGAAUGUCUGAAAAACAAAAAGCUUACUGCCUUAGCCUAAAUGUAAAGCCAAAUGAAGUGUUCCCUCAAACCAGACCCAAAGCCUAUAUGUUCCUGAACUAUUUUGAGAAUGGCCCCAUAGAUCCUUUGCGAUAGGGAGGGGGAGAGCAUAAGUGGAAAUUGAAUGCAAUUCUAAUUGUAAUCAAGUUCCUUAUUAAAAUCUUUGACAAGUUAAGAGCAAAAGUAUUUAAAGAAAAACUCAAGUGAUAUUGGUGUUCUUUCUUGUGACAUUUUAAGAGAUUUACGAUUUACGAUUUAGAAGCCAAGGGGGAAAGGAAUGUGUCAGUUUGGUGUGAAUUGUUAUAAGCACAUUGAAGAUAUUCAGCUGUACCUCACCACAUCAAGCCAUGUCAGGAAUAUUGUGGAAAGCUUGAAUCAAUAUCUGAAGUCUCAGGUAAAAUAAACCCAAGCUAAAUACUUAUCUCCAGAAUUAAUUGCUGUAUGUCAAUAAACAUCUGAAGACAUCA